GUGAUCAGAAUCAGAUUUAUGGAGGCAGCACUUCUAGUUGCCGGAAGGUCGGCAGUUUGAGCUCCGGGACACAGCUGUCGAUUAUGAAGGCGGCUCCUAAGAUGCGGCACCUCCGACCUGUACAUGCGUUUACCCUGUCACUAUGUCUUCAAACUACUCUAGUAGAGGUUAUUAGGACGUCCAGGAUUUCGUUACGUAAGUUACGGCUCUUUCAAAUACGCAUAAAAUACCAGUUUCACGUAUCAUACUUCGGUCACUCUUCUUACUUUAAAGCUGAGGAUAUAGUCGGCGAGGUGGAGCAGGACGUUUAUCGAUACUAUAGAUUUGCAGAUCAGUACGAGGCUUCCAUCCGGAGAGAUGUCUUUCGUGAAUUAAUAGCACGUUUUAGGGAGCUGGCAAAAACCUUAGAGGGCUACAUUCGAUCGGAAUACACGAUACAGGGAUUCAACGAUGACGAGCCCUUGUUUCCGAUAUACAUUCAUCCCGUCAAAGAACGUUACGACGCCAAUAAGGUGAAUGGAAAAAUUCUCGGAUACGUCCAGUUUCGUUACCUCUAUUACAUCAGCACUGUAGACAGACUGAGGGCGGAACAACUGGCCCCUCCAGAAGUCGCAGAAACGUUUAACACAGAGUAUGGAAAAGUGAUGCUUAGCAUAAUGAAGCUUCUCGACUACAACCGGAGCAGGACAAGUGGAAAGGACUAAUACUGCGCACUGGUAAAAUGCGCCCAGGAGUAACUAUAUGCAUGUGCUAAUGACCAUGGACAUUUUAUUGGGAUGCCCAAGUUGUGCAGGUGUCAUGAAAGGGAAAUAAACAUCAGAAUGGUGAGAUGUUCCCACGAAA